AAGGACCUGAUGAAACCCAUGAGUCACCUGUGUGCUUCCAUUCAACAACUUCUGUGGAGGUACUAGCGCUUGAAGGCCGCAUAAAGUGGGUUGAAUAGUUGUUUUUAUUUAUUUGGCUUCGAAAAGCAUAUCAUGUUUGGCUUCGGUUCAUCUGCGCUUUCAUUGCCUCCCAAGACCGCGAAGGCUGUGUGCCAGCGCAUGCCACUGACUCCCGAGCGGAUUCCAAGCUUCAUCAUUCCAUCGAGAAUAACGAUUUCAUCUCCACGCGCUCAUCACAACAAAACUGACCGCACGCGCCUGCUGUCUCCUGGCCACCGCGCCAGCCCGCGCAGGCGCCGGGAGCUUCUCUCACCUUCGUUCGCCCUGCCCGAGCGUUCCCCGAGAUUCUACAGUUUUUCACCGGUACGUGCGGGGAGAGUGACGCACGCAGCCGGUCGAGUCCAAGAGGACCGGACUGACCUAUCGACUCGCGCAGCUCUGGGCCUGGAGCACGUGAAGAAAAUCUCAACGCCAUACGGUUUCCGGACCUUGGUGGAGAGUCCACAUGUCCGGCGGCGGGAAUCGCUGUUUCACCGGGACCCCACUAAGGCUGCAGACGAGCCGUUCACCACCAGUCCAUGCGUGGGGUCGUCUGCGAGUCGGACACAGGAAAACGGAGCACGCCUACCUAGUGACGCAGAGCUGGUGGAAAGCCCGUUCGAAGCACAGGAGGAUAACAGCGUGAGGGAAAACUUCUGUCCAAACCGUGUUUUGAAGUCUGCAAAAGAUGAACUGAAAAUGUUUCUUAAAAAGACCCGUAAUGCUCUUAGGACGCCAAGUCCUCGACGGGCGAAGGGACAUUCAUCUAAGCCCGCAUGUUCAUGAUCUGAGUAAACCUGUAUGUAAACCAAUGUGCGUUUUUUGUUUUUAAGUUUAUUUCUUUAAAAACAGAUUUUCCCUCAAUUUAACUUAUUAAAAGUUUUAAUAAAUUACCCUUGAGAAUCUUA